AUGGCGUGGCGCAACCAAGGAAUCACAGGUUCCAACAAUAUUCCCCUGGGGCGGCGUCGCUUCGCGGGUGAUGAGGAAGAUGAGAGUCGCACCGCUUCUCCUUCGUCUUUGCCUGAUGGACCGAAGCGUGGCCGCAGUCCCGUUCGAGCACCCGAGGCUCCAGCCGAUGGCGUCAAGCGGCGCAAGAAGCGCAACCGCUGGGGCGACCAGCAAGAAAACAAGGCGGCCGGUCUGAUGGGCUUACCCACCAUGAUCAUGGCCAACUUCACUAGUGAGCAGCUUGAGGCGUACACUCUGCAUCUGCGCAUCGAGGAGAUCAGCCAGAAGCUGCGGAUCAACGAUGUCGUCCCUGCUGAUGGUGAUCGGUCUCCCUCGCCACCGCCGCAGUAUGACAACUUCGGUAGACGUGUUAACACUCGCGAGUACCGCUAUCGCAAGCGACUCGAGGAUGAGCGUCACAAGCUGAUCGAGAAGGCCAUGAAGACCAUCCCUAACUACCACCCGCCCUCUGACUACAGACGCCCGACCAAGACCCAAGAGAAGGUCUAUGUCCCUGUGAAUGACUAUCCAGAGAUUAACUUCAUUGGCUUACUCAUAGGACCUCGUGGAAACACCCUCAAGAAGAUGGAAACCGAGUCUGGAGCCAAGAUUGCCAUUCGAGGCAAAGGCUCUGUGAAGGAAGGCAAGGGCCGAUCUGAUGCUGCUCACGCUAGCAACCAGGAAGAAGAUCUUCACUGCCUUAUUAUGGCCGACACUGAGGAAAAGGUGAACAAGGCUAAGAAACUUGUUCACAACGUCAUUGAGACCGCCGCAUCCAUCCCUGAGGGUCAGAACGAACUCAAGCGCAACCAGCUUCGUGAGCUGGCCGCCCUCAACGGUACUCUCCGCGACGAUGAGAACCAGGCUUGCCAAAACUGUGGUCAAAUCGGACACCGCAAGUAUGACUGCCCCGAGCAGCGCAACUUCACCGCCAACAUCAUCUGUCGGGUUUGUGGCAACGCUGGCCACAUGGCUCGUGAUUGUCCCGAUCGCCAGAGAGGCAGCGACUGGCGCAAUGGUGGCGGCUAUGGUGGCGGCCCGCGCAACCCUCGUGCUACUGGCACUGGUGAUGCUGUAGACCGUGAGAUGGAGCAACUCAUGAACGAACUUUCUGGAGGUGCUCCUGGUGAAUACCCGCCUCGUCGCAUUGAAGCCGGUCCCGACCAGGGCGGCUACCAACCGGAUGACCGUGAUGCCAAGCCAUGGCAGCGUGGCCCACCUGCAAGCGAUGUUGCUCCCUGGCAGCAGCGCCGUGAACACCGUCCUCGGGACGAUUACGGUUCCCGCGACCAAGGCGGUCCUGCUCCUUGGGCUUCCCAGAACCGCGGUGGCAACGACUACGGCUAUGGAUCUCAUGGUGGAUAUGCCGCGCCUGGCACCGCAGCCGGCGCUGCUCCUUGGCAACAGCAAGCUCCUCCCGGCGGUGCUGCUCCUGCUGCUGCUCCUGCUGCUCCUGCUGCUCCUGGUUAUGGCUAUGGAGCAUACGCAGGUUAUACCUACCCUCCCGGCAUGGCUGCUCCCGGUAUGGCUGCUCCCGGUAUGACAGCUCCGCCACCACCUCCGGGUAUGCCCCCUAUGGGUGGCUAUGGCGGUGCUGGCAGCCCUCCUCCUCCCCCACCUCCUGGUGAUGCGCCCCCUCCUCCGCCUCCCAGCGACCAGCCCCCUCCCCCUCCUCCCUCUGCGUGA